AUGAGUUCAAGUGCUGUCGCUGUGUCUGCGCCUGGCAAGGUCUUGUUAGCUGGCGGUUAUCUCGUGCUCGACAGAAAUUACAAUGGCCUUGUGUUUGGUCUGGAUGCUCGUAUCCACGUCUCUGUGAAGCCCUUUGCCUCGGGUUCAGGGGUCACCUUUUCUGAGAUUACAGUCAAAUCACCUCAAUUCCAAAAUGCUGUCUGGGAAUAUGGCUACCGAUUGGCCGCCGAGGAUGGAGGUGUCAAAGUGACUCAAUUGAGAGUUAACGCUGACCUAAAACUGAACCGCAAUCCAUUCGUCGAAACAGCUUUGGCUUAUGCUCUGAGCUACAUUUCCAGUGUUGGGUCAUCCAACAUCUCGCCUUCAUCAAUCACCAUCCUGGCAGACAAUGACUACUACUCAACUUCUUCGGCAUCAUUGACAGGUGCAAGAUUCCACAACUUCGGCGUGCCUCUCUCGGAAGCAAACAAGACUGGACUGGGAUCCUCGGCUGCUCUGGUGACUGCAUUCACAGCUGCUGUACUCAGCUACUACCUACCUCAGGAUGUCUUUGACGUGACCACGGAAGCUGGCAAGCGUAAGCUACACAACUUGGCACAGGCAGCUCAUUGUGCUGCCCAAGGUAAAGUAGGGUCUGGAUUCGAUGUGGCUUCUGCAGUCUACGGUAGCUGUCUGUACCGAAGGUUCUCGCCAGCAAUACUAUCAGCACACGGAGAACCGGGCGCACCAGGAUUUGGCAAACAGCUCGUGGACAUUGUUAACGAAAGCGGAGCUAAUGGCAAAUGGGACACUGAGAUUGUCAAAGACCAGGUCAAGGUACCUAAUGGAAUCAGGCUUGUCAUGUGCGACGUCAGCUGUGGCAGCCAGACACCUGGUAUGGUCAAGCAGGUGCUCGCAUGGAGAAAGGAUACUGGAGCAGAGGGCGAGAAAGUGUGGGAAGGGUUGCAGAAUGUCAAUGAGGGAUUGGCACAAGAGCUGGUCCAAUUGGCAGAGAGCGGAUCCAAGGACUACUCGGAGCUCAGGCGACGCAUUCAGGCAAUCAGACAAGGUAUCCGCGAGAUGAGUAAGCAAAGCGGAGUGCCGAUCGAGCCACCAGCGCAGACGGAACUACUGGAUGCAUGCAGCAAGGUCGAAGGCGUGGUUGGCGGAGUAGUGCCCGGAGCAGGAGGCUAUGAUGCAAUUGCUCUGCUGAUUGAGGAUCGGGAAGAGGUGGUAGAGAAGUUGAGAGAGGUGUUGUCUGGGUGGAAGCUGUCGGGUGAGGCCGAUGGCAGUAUGGGCAAGGUCAGCAUGCUGGGAGUGAAGCAGGAGAUGUCGGGAGUUAGAGUGGAGCAGGGCGGCGAGUAUGCGGAGUGGAGCGAGUAG